AUGCCAACCACCUUUGUAACUAUUCUCAAUUUGCUUUCGCGUCUUUCUAACAUCGAAAAUGAAAAUAAAUUGUCAGAAGAGGAAUUGAUUGACUUAGUCGAUUAUUUUGACAAAAAUGUGAAUGAACAAGCUAUGAUAUUGGCAGUUUUAAAUAGUUUUCCAAAUGAUAACAUUCGACUCAAAUAUUUGAGGUCUAAAGUAAUUUCAAAACCAGAUUUACUUACAGAAGCAGAACUUUUCCGAACAGUUAUUCCUACUCCUAAACUUCGUACUAUUAAAACAACAAACACAGUAAAAGCAGCAAUGAGAAAAAUUACCAAUGCACCAAUUUUCAAGUGGAAUGACUUUUUUGUUAAUGCCUAUAAUUUUUCAUUAACUCUUGAUACAAGCAACCACAGAUUUAGAAACCCUGAAAUUAAGGAAAUUGAAUUAUCUGUUGAAGAUUCAGUUGUUGACAUAUUCUUGAAAACAGUGAAUGAAAUUAAUAAUCAAAGGUUAAUUCUCUUACCAAAACUGGAACGUUGGUGCAAACUUUAUGUAUUUGAAGGUAUUAAAGGUCGACUGGAUGCUAUACACUGUAGUGCAGAUAAUAAAGAGCUUUUAAUAGCUCCUUCUAAAAUACUUUCAAUAGUAGUAGUUAAACCCGAACAAUUGAUGCAAAAUUUAAUAGAUCAUGGAACUGAAUUAUUUGAGACAUACAAUACAGCAUUGACAACGAAUUAUAAUGAAGCAAGACAUGAAAAAAUCAUUAGACAAGUAUUUGGAUAUAUGAUUGUUAAUGAUUUACGAUAUGGCUUGCUUACAACAUAUGUCCAAACAUGGUUUUUUUGUCGUCAACAGAAAAACCCAGACAUACUCUACAUUUCUCGGGAAGUUCAUAUCACUCAGGGUCACACUAAUAAAGAUGCCUCAUUCCUUGAGUGUAUACGUUAUUUCGAAAAGUUAUCUUCAGAAGAUACAUUUGAUCAUUAUUCGCCACCUAAUUCUGAAGGUGAUGAUUAUCAUGGUUCGGAUAUUGACGAUAACAAAGAUAAUAAUGCUAGUAAAAAGGAUAAUGGAGAUGAUGACCAGCUAUCAGAUUCUGAUGAGUUUCUUAAAAAUAUGAAAAAUUAUAAACGCAACCAAAUUUCUUUUGGUGAUUUAUUGAGAGGUGGUCGAUCCGGUUCCGUUUUUAAAGCCAAGUUUAAUGAAAAAACAGGUGCUCUUAAAAUGGCAGAUUUGUAUAAAAAUGAGUAUCUGGUGACAGAACUGUUAAAUGAAAUCAAAAUUUACCUCGGUCCUCUCAAUGACAUUCAAGAAAUUUUCAUACCAAAACUUUUGAAAUAUGGAGUUCUUCACGAAGCAUUUGUUUUUCUUUUUGUUUCAUUUGCCGGAAAAUCGGUUGCAGAAUUAGAGAAUGAAGUCACAGUAAUAGAGAAAAAAUUGGCAAUUUUAGGUUUACAAAAAGAAAAAGAUGAAUUGACAGAUAAAACUUCAGUAUGGUGGAUUGAUUUUGUAUGGAGCAAAAUGGGAUGCGACAAAAAAGAUUUGAACAAGGAAUUGAUUAAAUUGAAACAUUUACUUGGCAUUUUAGUUCAUUAUAUUCACAAACGAUUACAAAAAGGAUACAAACAAUUAGGCAAACAAACAGUAUUAGUUCCUUCUACUGAAAGCCAAUUUUAUGCAAUAUUUAAAAAUUAUAUACAUUAUUAUUCAGCAGCAAAAAAUAAAUAUAAAUAUAUAUUUAAUAGAAGCUCAUCUAAUCAAGAAUUGGCGAAUAUUUUAGAUUCACAAAAUUGGGGAAUUAAAUUUUAUGAUCAACAACAAUGUACUUAUAUUGUACUUUGUGAUGAUAAUAUUAUUGAAAAUGAAGAAAACCUGAUUAAACAAGCUAUUACACAACAAUUAACUUUAAAUAAAAAGAGUUAUAAACCAAAAUAUAAGUAUGGACAAUUGAUAGUUGAAUGGAAAAAACAAAAAACUAUUGAUUUUAAUAGUUAUAUUACUUAA